UAAUCGAAAUAGCAACAUGGCGGCACCGAGCGUGAAAGUUAGCGUUGAAGCUGUAAUGGAACAUCAAAUCCAGGAAGUAACGCUUGAUGGGCAAGAAAUAUAUGUUCAACCAUUGUCAAUGUCAGAGAAUCUGACAAAGUUGGCACACAAGAUAGAUUUUUACAAAGAUGAGUCAGAAGGAAAAGGCAAACCAGCAUCUGAAGGAGAAAAAGAGCCAGUAGAGGAAAAGCCUUUGGCCCCAUUUCAACCAUCCUUGUGGCCCUGGGACUCUGUGAGAAACAGAUUAAAGUCAAGCUUAACUGAAGUGAGUGUUCUGUUUGAUGUGCUGAAUCUCGUGAAAGAGAAACAGUAUCUAGUAGCUGACCCUGUGUCCCAAGACUCUGUAGAGACAAGAGCAGCAGUGCAGCUUUUGGCCAAGAAAAAGAGCCUUGUAGCAGCUUCUACAGUUUUGAUUAAUGGAGGAGAACGAUUAAAACGCUUCUAUACAGAGGCAAGCAAAAAAAACUACAAUGACUUUCAUACAGAAUUGCUAAAACUUCGGAAAAAUUGGCGCUUGAAGAAAGUCAGCACAAAUAUUGUUGGAGAUCUCAGCUAUAAGUCAGCUGGCUCCAGGUUUUGGCAAGGUGGGUCUUUUGAAGUGAAGAAGAGUACAAAUGGUAGCCCAGGCGAGGGUGAUGGUGGAGAUGUAGGUAUGCGGAGUAGCCUGGAAGUGACUGUGCCAAGUGAACUUGAAGGUGUGGCAUACAUACAGGUGGAGGUCAAGACAGUUCCAGACAUGAUGGACUUGACUAGCUGUACCCUGAAGAUGCCUCCUGGUCUUAGUUCAAUACCCACUAACGCCUAUUGGCAAUCCAAGCUGAAGGUGGCACAGAAUGUGCUUUUCUGUAAAGAACUUUUUGCUCAGCUUGCUAGGGAAGCAGUGCAGGUAAAAGCAGCCACACCACAUAUGGUUAUUGGAAACCAAAUCAUUACUAAUGUAUUUCCUGGUCUUCAACUAUCUAUAGUUCUGUGUCAUUACACAGGUAAAGAAAAGAAGGGGCCCACAUUGCCACAGAAACUAGAACACAACCAUGUCUUAGAACAUAGCUUGCAUCAGCUUCUUCGUGAAGUCCACUUUCGCAACAUUAGCAUUGAUGCCCCUCAUCCUGUCAAUGCCACACUGGGCAUGAGCAAGCGACGGCGUCUGGCUGGACCAUUAGCUAUGACACGUCAGGAGUUGGUUGAAAUGACAGAGAGGGAGUCCUUGCUGUCACAGAUUAUCAAACAGACAAAACAUGCUGUGUUGCGUAUUCGCUCCAUGCAUGUGAUUGACCAAAUGGCUGUUGCUGUCCAAGAUCCACAAAUAACAGCACACUGGGGAUGCCUCAACAGCUCAUUGGAAUCAUCGGUGCGCAUCUUCAUCACUUCCAUUGGCUAUGAAAGCACAAGGACCUCGCUGGUUCUGCUGAUUGGUGUUGACACUAUCCGAGUUGUUAUGAAGGAUGGGAGGCCUUGUCAGCUGUCUUUUGAGGAUAAAGAGCUUCAGGAUCUGUUGUACUGGCAGAUUGCACAACACCACACUUUAGUAGUGCAGCAGAUAGCAAAAUACCAGGGCUGGCAGGUGCUAGCAGCUAACAGUUCCAUUGGCAGUGGAGACAUGGAGUCCUUUGCCACAGCCUCCUCUAUUUCCAUUGCCUCACCUCGUGGUGACAAAAUCAUCUCCUUUCGAAGUGGCCCCACCAGUGGGCAGCACCUCAUGGUGAAGCAUAUGGACCAGUCUACUGACAGUCAUCCAUCACCAGCAGUGACAGACCGGCGUUGGUUUGAGCAUGGUGGGACAUACCAGGAGGUGAAUCUUGACAAACUCCAGGGCCGAAACUUGGCUAGCAAAAUUGACAUGCUUAUGGCAUAUCUCUCAGCACGGUGAAGAGCUGCCUUUUGUGAUCAAAGGUUGAACUUGACGGCUUGACGCCGUGGUUGGUGACAGAGCAGAGGCUUUACCGGACAUGCUGUUUGACUCUUGCUCUUUCCUGCUGAAAUCCUAGUAAUAUCUUGGCAGUGCCUUUUUUCAAGGGUUUUCCUCCAAGGACUAGAAAAAGACUGCCUUGCAGCAGGUAGCAUAAGACUGCUUCUUGGACUUUUUUGCGGUGUGGCAGGAGAAAACUUCAGUGAGUGAUCUUACUGCAGAAUAUUUUUUCAGUCAACAGGCCAGUUGCGGUAAAUCUCUCAAAUGUAUCAGGAAUCCACCACCACUUGAAAGCUAUACAUGGACAAGUGAAGCUGAUACAGGACCUGUCAGAGCCUUCGCUAGUGUCACAACUUUAAAUUGUACCAUGAUGUGGUAGGCUCAGCGAUUAUUCUGAAACAAGACCAGCAUUCAUUGUGCUGUUACACAGAUUCUCAAAGCGUCUCGUGUGAAAGUAAUGUUUAUGCCUCUGUGAAUGAGUAAAUAUUUGUACCUGCAUGAAUAUGUAUGCAUUCGUGGCUUAAAAGAGAUUUUAAUGUGGUUGACAGCUAGCACGUUUGAACCUUUUGUGAAGAAAUGUUUAACUCAAAUAUAAUGAACUGAUAGGUUGAUUAAUAAUUUAUUCUUUCUUUGAUGUUUAAUUUUACAGAAUGGAAAUUGUUCAAGAAAUUUUACCCACAUAUAUAAAACUUAAAAAAUAAAGUAUUAUAGUAAUAAAAACAUUUUUAUAGCAUGUUUACAUGUCAGCAACAAGCUCAAUGUGCUUUGAUGUAAUAGUAUAUCUGUAUUUUGCAUUCAAAAUGGACUUCUUUGUAUGGUUAACAAUAAGAAAGGGGGAUAAUUGGAUGGACAGAUUCAGCAUAAUUUUCCAGUAGUUAACUAGCUAACAUUAAUUUAAAAGAUUUCUAUAGAAGAAGCAUUGAUUUAUUAGAAGCAGAGACAGCGUGCUAACAUUUUUGACUGGGACUUUCUGAUGAGAAAUUAUUGCCUCCCUUGCACUUGUGCUAAGAAAUUUGUGCCAGCUUCAUUGGUGCUACAAUAUGCAUUAGCCAUAUGAAAACGUAUUAAAAGCCAUUACAACAGAUUGUGGGUCAUAGCAUAAUGCCACAGUUUAACAGAUAUGUUAUAGAACACCAGUCCAUCUUGCCAGCUGUAUAAGGUCUGUGUAAACACCAAAGUCCAACAUUUAAAUAAACAACAGGUUUUUUUUCGUGUUCAUUGCCAUCUAAAUUAGGAUGAAUCAUUCAUUAUAGCAUCAAACUUCUGCACGGAUUAAUAAUCUAUUUAAGAAUAUCUGCUGAGGAAUACUCUGCUUGACAUGAUUGCUGUCGUCAUGAAGAGAAUCGCAUCAAAGAGUACCUAAACCUGUCAAGCCUCCACAUUGUGAGGACAGGAGUAUGCUGAACAAGUGGCAGUUUGGCUGCUGGCAUUUGACUGAUGCUGCCUUUAUAACUGCUUUUUAAGCAUUGUUGAUUUGAUAUUUGUCAAUUUUUUUCCCGUCAUGAUAGAGCCAAACUUGUCCUGUCUUGGUAUUCUUUUGAUGAUUUUUUAUUCUUGGGUUGGUCUUGGGACUGAGCCAUUUGUGCAGCCAACUUAUUGCAAAUAAGCCAUUAAAAAGAAUGCGCCCACAAAGUUUUAACUAGAAGUUUGUGUCUAGUCAUGGAGGUUCCAUCCAUUUCCUCCAUUUUUGCUUAAUGUGAAAAGACAGGUCAACAUUCUGCUGGAAAAAAACCCCACUUUUUCAUGUUUAGGAUUUUAAGAAAUUCAGAUUUUUUUUUUUGCAUAAAAUUCACCCAAGCACUUCUCUAUAAAUCAUAUACUGGCAGCAAAUUUAAAUGGAAUGAAUAAUAUUCUUGUCAGUAUUUUUUUUUAUAAAUUAUACUUGCACAUUAUAGCUUAAGUGUUUUAAAAGGUCAGGGUUAAACGUGGACUUUGAGUGUUCUAGUAUUUGUAUGGCAAAGAAAGUGGAUACAUUUCCAAAUAAAUUAGUGUCUCAAACCCUAUACCUGCUCCUAGCCAUGCACACUAUAGUAUAAGACUACAUAACUUCCCAAAGAAAGUUUAUAAUAGGAUGAGAACAGUCACAGUAUUGUUAGCUGUAUAGUUCCAAUUAUUUUGAAUCUACAGAAUUAGCUGAGACUGGUGAAUAUCAAAUUUAGAAACAGAAAAUUUAUGAUCAAGGACUUCAAAUCUGGUGGGCAGUCCAUGAGAAAAAGAGACAGAUGUGAGCAUGCUUGUGUGUCAGUGGCUAAAUGUGCACAUGCAGAGAUUUUGACAGAGUUGUUGACACAAAACUAAGGCAGCAAAAGUUUUAUUGAAAAAUGUAGUAAAUAAAACUCCGAUGAACAUUU